AAAAACAAAAGCCAAAAACCACUUUACUACAACAAUCAACCUCCAAAUCUUACAUUUUGUGUAGAAGUUUUUAUUCUUUGACUACUGGAUUAACUUCCACGUAUAUAUAAUUACAGUUGACUGAAAAUGAAACUAGUAAAAAAGAAAUAUUAAUACAUGUGUAAGUAAUCAAAGAGUUUCUGAGAAGAAAAGUAAAAUAAUAAAUGUGUCGGCCAUUGACAAAGAAAAGAAAGUAUGUCCCUCAUACUAGUCUACCCUGUAUUAACGCUUUCAUUAUCAUCGCAAAAUCUUUUGAUUUUUCCGUCUAACCUUUUUUUAUAUUUUAAUGGUAAAACUAAUAUUUCUAGGAAAAAAAGGAAAACAAUAAUCUUCUCAGAGAGAUCUCAAACGAAGGAGGAGGAGGAGUGACGAUCAUCACCAUCGGAACAUCGAACCAUGUCGAUGAGCGACAGCGACGAAGACGAGCUUCUUCAAAUGGCGUUGAAAGAGCAGGCUCAGAGAGAUCUCACCUAUCAGAAACCUCCUUCCUCUUCCUCUAGCAGGCCUGUUGCCAAUCUGGUCCAGCAGCCACGUCAGCACAAGCCGUCCCCUGCUAGGAAACCGUCUAUGGAUGAGCCGGAGGUGGAGUUGCUAAGUAUCUCGAGCGAGGAUGAUGACGUGGAGAGGGAAAGCGAUGUUAGGGAGAGAGGAAGAGCGAAGAAGGAGGAUGAUGGAGGAGGAACUUUGGAUGGUGAGGAGCCUGAUUGCUGGAAACGUGUCAAUGAAGCUGAGCUUGCACGUAGGGUUCGUGAUAUGAGGGAAUCAAGAACCGCACCAGUGGUUCAGAAACUUGAGGAUAAGGUAUCUGAGCCUGGCAAGAAAGUGGUUCUCACUAGUUUGCAGUCACUCCCUCGUGUGAUGGAAUGCAUUGAUCCACUUAAACUAGGGAUAAUAGACAACAAGACACUGAGAUUAAUCAGUGAGAGUUUAGGCAGCCCAUCAAAAGCUGAGAAAGUGGACAAUACACUUGGAGAAAAGUUGAUUUACUUCUCUGAUCAUUUCGAUCCGAAGCUGUUUCUUUCUCGCAUUCACCAAGACACAAGUGCAGCAGAUUUGGAAGCUGGUGCUCUUGGCUUGAAAAGUGACUUAAAGGGUCGAAAUUUGCAAAGAAAACAAUUGGUAAAAGACAAUUUUGACUGCUUCGUCUCGUGUAAAACAACAAUUGAUGAUAUUGAGUCGAAACUGAAGCGGAUUGAAGAAGAUCCAGAAGGGUCAGGAACUACUCAUGUGUUCAAUUGUAUGAAAAGUGUGACAUCAAGGGCUAAUCUUGCAUUUGAGCCUCUUUUUGAGAGACAGGCUCAAGCUGAGAAAAUCAGGUCUGUACAAGGAAUGCUUCAGAGGUUCCGGACACUCUUCAACUUACCAAGUAUCAUUCGUAACAGUAUUAGCAAGGGUGAAUAUGAUUUGGCUGUUCGAGAAUACAAGAAGGCGAAAUCUAUUGCUCUCCCUUCUCAUGUAAAUAUACUGAAGCGUGUACUCGAGGAGGUUGAGAAAGUUAUGCUGGAAUUCAAAGGCACUCUUUACAAGACUAUGGAAGAUACUAAAAUAGACUUCACAAGUCUGGAAAAUACUGUGAGGCUUUUGCUGGAGCUGGAACCCGAAUCUGAUCCGGUGUGGCAUUAUAUAAAUGUUCAGAAUCAUAGAAUUCAUGGCUUGCUUGAGAAAUGUACAUAUGAUCAUGAAGCAAGGGUGGAAACUUUGCGCAACGAGACUCGUGAGAGAGCCAUCUCAGAUGCGAAGUGGCAACAAAUACAACAAAACGUCGUUCCAUAUUCAGAUGCUGCAUCUUCUACUGAAAGUAACGAAGUUCAAGUUGACCUACAAUCAGUGGAGUUUCCCAGCGAAGAGAUUGACGCUUUGAAGGGAAGAUACAUCAAAAUAAUAACCGGUGUGCUUGUGCAUCACAUCCCUGCGUUUUGGAAAACAGCUCUAUCAGUUUUCAGUGGAAAAUUUGCCAAGUCAUCCCAAGUUACUGAUACUUCUGCCAAUAAAUCUGAGGAGAAAGUCACAGAGGCAAGGUUUUCAACUCAUUCUUUGGAAGAAGUUGCUGGGAUGAUUCGCAAAGGUGAACAACACAUUUUGUGAUUUUGAUGAAUCGUGCAUUCUCCGCCCAUUUAUGAGCAAUGCCAUUCAAGAAGUAUCAAAAGCAUGUCAAGCCUUUGAAGCCAAAGAUUCAGUGCCCCCACAGUUCGGGAUGAUUGUCUGUCAAAGGUGAAGCUGCCAAAUCAGAAGAUUGAGGAAAUGCUUAUAUCUGUUAGACUGGCAUUUUUGAACUGCUUUCUGGAUUUUGCUGCUCACUUGGAUCAAAUUGGUGCUGAUCUUUCCACACGAGAGGAUUGGAAAAACGGAUAUUCUGAUGAUCAACAGGAAGUAACAUCAGCCAACACUUAUGGAAGUGUUGUGGAUCCUCACAGGCGGUUGUUGAUGGUCUUAAGUAAUAUAGGUUACUACAAAGAUGAACUUGCUUCAGAGCUUUACAACAAAUUCAAAUACAACUGAUUGAAGUCUAGCGAUCUUCAAGAUCUAAUUAUGUCUUUCUCUGGUCUUGGAGAGAAGGUCCUCGAGCAUUACACGUUUUCUAAGGCAAAUUUGAUCAGAACAGCUGCCACCAGUUAUUUGCUGGACUCGGGUAUUCAAUGGGGAUCAGCACCUCAAGUGAUAGUAAGAAAUCUCUGCGUAAUGACUAACGAUUAGCCUCUAAAUUUUCUAGGAAGAAGAUGAUUACUUAAAGUACGAGAUGCAGCUGUUGAGCUCUUGCAUACUCUUGUAGCCGUCCAUGCAGAGGUAUUGCUCUUUAUAUGCAAACAUGUUCACUGAUGAUUUUAAUGUGUUUCCUCUCGAGUGACACGACAGUGUUUGUAGUCUGAAGUACCCUUAUAAUUUUGUAAACUACAGGUAAUAUUGAGGUAAUUUCUUCUUCUUGUGGAAGAAAAGGUUUGUAGAAUUAUGAUUUGCUGAUUCUGUUUUGUGCACAACAUCUGCUGCAGCUUGAAUAUUUCGAGACAGUACUGAAUCUAUAUUUUACAAGCGACGCAACCGCGUCUCAUAAAACUCUACAAGGAAACAGUCUUGGAGAUUGCUCUAGAGAGCGUCAGUGAAUCAGUUGAGACCACUCCAGGGCAUAAUCGCAGACCAACUCGUGGCAGCGAAGACACAGCUUCAGAUGACAGACAAGGAUCAUCUGUUUCAGCUGAUGAGCUCCUCGUUCUAACGAAACAGUAUUCAAGCGAAUUGCUACAGACAGAAAUGGAGAGAACAAGUGUGAACACAGCAUGCUUUGCAGAGUCAGUUCCCGUAGAGCCAACCCCUCCUCUAUUACCUAAAGCUUCGUACAGAGGACCGAUGGAUUCUCCAAGCAGAAACUACAGAGGCAAACAAUCCUCAGGUUCUCCGAUUCAUGCCCUACCCAGACGAAGAUAAAAAGAAACUGUACAGAGGAACGUAACAUGUAUUUGUUUUGUCUGUUUGUUGUGCUUCUUAAGAACUAACAUUUGUUUGUAAACUCAGAUGAAUUGGGUUGUAAUUAAAGAAUGUCACACGAA